UAUUCACAAUUUUUGUUCAAAUGUAAAAUGUGCAAUAUUCAAAAAAAAAUAUAUUCUUCAAAAUUUAAUGAAAAUCUUCAAAAUCAAUGGUCAAUAAAUAAAGCUAUUGUAAAUAGCACUAUUGCAAUUGGAAUUGGCUAUACCCAACUAGCCGAAUUUUCUGCUGGUUUAGAAAUACCAUACAUGUCUGCAAAAAUGUACCAUUCAUUUCAGUCAGUUCUCCAAGAUGAUAUUAAAGGCACAGCUUGGUCAGAAAUGAAAGCGGCAGGAGAUGAAGAAAGAAAAUAUGCUAUAGAAUCGGGUUCUGUUGAUAAUAAUGGUAUACCACUCAUUACAGUUGUUGCGGACGCUCAGUGGUCCAAGCGGAGCUAUAAAACAAAAUACGACGCUUUUUCCGGAGUGGCAAGUAUUAUUGGAUACAAAACAAAAAAAAUACUUUUUGUCGGAAUCAGAAACCGAUAUUGCGUAAUUUGUGAACGUUCUUCUAAUAAAAAUAUUGAAAAACCUAUACACACAUGCUUCCUGAAUUGGAAACACGGUGCUACAAGUAUUGAAGCGGACGGAGUAGCCGAAGGUUUUACCAAGAGUUUCGAAAUGCAUGGCGUUAAAUAUUCAAAAUUAAUUGGUGACGGUGACAGUAGUGUCACAAAAAGGCUAAAUGAAAUACUACCGUAUGGUCCGAGCCUAAGAGUCGAAAAAAUUGAAUGCAGAAAUCAUAUGCUUAGGAACUAUUCCCAAAAAAUGUCUGCACUCACUAAACGGACAGAAUUUCCUAUUGCAAUAAGAAAAAAAAUUGCUGAUAACCUUGUUAGGCUUAGAACUGAUAUAACCAAAGCUAUACAGUAUAGAAAAUCUGAGGAAAAACCAUUACAACAGAAAAUUUUAAAUCUUAAAUACGACAUAACCAACGCACCAAACCAUCGACUUUUUGAUUGCCAUAAAAAAUGUGCUCCUUAUUUUUGCGAAAAAUCUGCAGAUAACUUAGUUGAUAACUGCAAGACAAAUGAAAAUGAUGGUAUAGUCAAAGAAAUUAAUAUAAUUGUUUCUCGUUUGGCUAAUAAUGCAAAGAGUCUUAUAUUGGACGUAGACAAUAACAUUUGCGAACAAUUUAAUAGUGUUAUUAAUAAAUUUCUUGGUGGCAAAAGAAUAAAUUAUAAUCAAAGGAGUUCUUAUAAUACAAGGAUAUUAGCAGCCGUGGUUAGUUUUAAUUCUAGCGAGUAUUUAAGAGCUGUAAAAAAACAUAUCACUCAAACAAGUCCUGGAAAAACGGCUAAAUCAUUUUUGAGUCAAGUAAUAAAAAAACGUUCUGCUUGCCAAAAACGAAGACGACUUUCGACCAAACUUAAAUAUAAAGUAAAACGACGACCAAAAGCUAGUUCCAAACCAGACGAACAUUAUGGUAACGCAGACAUAUUAGACGGUAUAAGAGAAGUCGAUGAUCCAUCAUUUGUAAAAGAUAUGGAACAGUUUCUGAAGACUUUAUAUGACGUCAACCGCACCACAGUAGAAGAAACUACAAGACAUCAAGCCGAAAGUGAAAACUGGAGGGCAGAAAGGAUGAUUCGACUCACCGCUAGUAACUUUGGUCGUGUAUGCAAAAUGCGUCGUAAUACUAGUUGCAAAAAUAUAGUGCAUUCAAUCUUAUAUCUAACAUUCAAUAACAAGUCUGUCCAGUAUGGUAGGGAUAUGGAAGACGAGGCAAAAACAAAAUUUGAAGAAAAGUUCGGUUACAAAAUAAAAAAAUGUGGUCUUUUGAUUGAUACGCAAAUUCCAUAUUUAGCUGCUAGUCCAGAUGGAAUUAUUGGUGAUACUGCUAUCGUUGAAAUUAAAUGUCCUUAUGCUGCAAAAGACACGGAAAAUGAGAUGGAGGCUGUAUCCACUGGCAAACUGAAAUAUUGUUCCAUCAAAGAAAACAAAUUGGUAUUAAGUAAAAAUCAUAUUUACUACUACCAAAUUCAAGGACAAUUGCAUAUUUCUCAAAAGGAACAAUGCUUUUUUAUUAUAUACACGACUAAUUGGAUGUCAGUCCAGAUAAUAAAAUAUGAUGAUGAUUUUUGGAGCACACAUAUGGUCGAUAAAUUAAAAACGUUUUAUCUAAACUGUUUGCUGCCAGAAAUCGUGGAUCCUGUUUAUAAAUAUAGAUUUAUGAAAUCAGACAUAAGAGAGUCAAAAAUAAUUUUACAGCAAAUGAAAAUCGCAAAACAGCUAUUUAAUAACAGAUUAACGUGAAAGACGAAACACAAAAAUUUAAUAUUAAUUCAAUUGUGUUAUUUUUAUUUACUAUGUUAACUAUAUUGAUUAUUAUUAUUUUAUUUUAUUUUAUUUGAAUUAGAAGUAAUAAAGGUAUAAAUACGAAUCAAGCUA